AUGACUAAGAGGCAGGCGGUGGAGGCCCUGGACAACAGCAUGCGCGACAUAAUGGGAAAGGACGUAGACCUUCAUAACAAUAUAGAUAGCGUGUUUCUGAUGCUCGACGCUAACCUGACUGACCCAACCUACAUCAAGUUGAGAGCCAUCCUGUCCACACAAAACAAGUGCGUGUAUACGUUUAACAUGAAGAUUAUUGGUUAUUUCCAAGGGGAUAAGAUGCCUGACCGAGAUGACCGGUUACGCGAUUUUUGCUCGCCGAUUGGUAACCGUCGAAUUUUGGAACCCUACUCCCGAUCCCCCACGCCCCCUCAUCCAAUUCAGCUCUCCGGCGAUUCCCGUCGCAGGCCAGCCGUCCCAUCGCCGUCUAUCCAUCCCACAGCCAUCAAGUCCCGCCACCGUCCAUGCCGACAAGCUCUCGCCGCCUGCACAUCCUCCCCCAUCAUCCCCAUCGAGCAGCUCCAGGCCUGGAUGUUUGUUUUCAGCUUGAUAGGCCUGGCUCCCCUUGCAGAAUGUGCCAGCUUCCUGAGCGAGCAUAUUGCCGAUACCGCAGGACCAACGGAUGGAGGAAACAGAUGCUGAAAAAUUUGUUCCAGAUAAGAUGAGUUCAAAUGGUGGUGAUGAUGAUGAUGAUGCAAUAUUUGAGAUUGUAAUUAGUCAACAAUGUUGUCUUGAACAAUUUAGAGCGAUAUCAUGUGCUUUUGGUAUGUACUAUGGUGAUAAGUUCUUAAACAAGAGGAAGAGGAGAGAAUCUAUUAUUUUAGGUUUUGAUUAGGUAAUGAACACCUUGAACAAUUCGAUGGAGUGCUACAACAUGUUUAGAAUGAGUAGACCAUUGUUUGAUAGGCUACAUGACUUGUUGGUAUCAAAUUAUAGUUUGAAGUUAACUAGAGCCAUGAGUUCUAUUGAAUCUUUAGGCAUAUUUGUAUGGACUAUUAGGGCACCACAGUCAUGUAGCCAAGUUAGAAACCGGUUUGAGAGGUCAACUAAAAUUAUUAGUAGGAAAUUUCGUCAAGUGUUGGAUAGUAUCAACCUCCUUGAUGCAGAUAUUAUCAAACCAAGAGGAUCCAAAGUUCAAGAUCGCGCAUCCUAGACUUGAAGAUCCAUGUUUCUUGCCAUAAUAGAUGGCACGCAUGUACCUGUUGUUGUGCCUUUCUCUAUGGUGGUUGCACACGUGGGACGCCAUGGAUAUUCAACGAAGAAUAUGUUAGCCAUAUGUGACUUUGACAUGAGGUUCACCUUUGUUGUUGCCAAAUGACUAGUCUCGGUACAUGAUAUGAGGGUGUUCAAUGAUACUUUAUGCAAAUACGGUGACAAGUUUCCAUAUCGCCACAAGGUAUAUUUUCAUAUU